CUGUAAAAUGUGUGUGAUCAGAAUUGAUAACUUCUUUCUUGUAUGGUUUCCUUUUUUAUAGAGAACAGAUUAAACUUAAGUAUAAAUUUGCUUGGUAAAUUACCGAUAGAAUAUCAUAGCAUUGAUUGUCAUUUAACUGCGAGUCUAUUCUAUGUAAAUGACGCAAUCAAAAAAUGGAUCGAUUUCAUGGAAAGACAAUGUAAAGGUGUAUUUAGAUGAUUAUAACAGUGACCUAAAUUUUGUCAUAGAAGAAGAUGGAUUAACUGGUUCCUGUUUGCAUAAAGAUGGCUUUGAGUUCAUUUGGGCCGGAGCUAGAGCUACACAUGGCGUAUCAAGGGGAAAGGCAUGCUUUGAAAUUUUCGUGAAGGAUAAAUUAUCUGUUAAGAUGCCAGAAAGUGAAACAAAACCGCAUGUGUUGAGAGUUGGUUGGUCUGUUGAUGCAUCAUCUCUUGCUCUUGGUGAAGUACCAUAUUCUUAUGGUUAUGGUGGUACUGGAAAGGCCUCAUGUAACAAUAAGUUUGACAAUUAUGGAGAACCAUAUACUACCAAUGAUGUUAUUACAUCAUAUAUUGAUCUAGACUCAUCUCCUAAAGUAAUAUUUUUUGCUAAAAAUGGAAAGUAUCUUGACAUUGCGUUUCAAUUGGAUUCUGAUGUUCAUGGAAAAACAUUUUAUCCACAUAUUUCAGUAAAAAAUAUGAAGUUUGUGGCAAAUUUUGGAGCAUUCAAUCCCUACUUUUUACCUUUACAAAGUUUUAGUUUUAUUCAGCAUCUUCCCCGUGAAAUGUUAGACACGACUUCUCCUCCUCCCAGAACUGCAGGAGAAUGUGAAGUUCUCAUGAUGGUGGGGUUACCCUCGUCAGGCAAAACAACGUGGAUAAAUAAGUACGUCAAAGAUAAUCCUGAGAAAAAAUAUAACAUUCUGGGAACUAAUGAUGUUCUUUUAAAGAUGAAAGUAAUGGGUCUGAGUAGAAAACGAAAUUAUCAUGGACGAUGGGAUGCUUUAAUAAAACAAGCUUCUGAAAUUUUGAAUGAAAUGUUGAAAAUUGCCAAGAAUAAGUAUCGUAACUACAUUUUGGACCAAACAAAUGUUUAUUCCGGCGCACGACAUCGAAAGAUUAGUAGUUUCAUCAAUUAUCGUCGUGUCGCUGUUGUUCUUGUAAAUGAUAAUUCUGUUCUUAUGUCUAGAAAUGCGGAAGUAGUUCGCAAAGAUGGUAAGGUGGUUCCACAGUCGGCUUUUAUGGAAAUGAAAAAAAACUUUACACUUCCUGUACAAGGUGACUUGUUUCAUGAAGUAUGGUACAUUGAAGAAAAUGAAGAGAGAGCUCGUUAUCUUGUGAAUGAGUUUAACAAAGAAGGUCGAAAGUGGAAUGAAGAUGAGAAUAAAAGACUAAAUGAUGUGGAAAUAAAAACUGAAGAUGGCGGGGCUUUGAAAAGGUGCAAAUAUGAUCAUAACGAUCAUUGCAUUGGUAGUACGAAUGAGAGAAGAUUUUGUGAUAGACAAUCUUCAUACAGUUAUGAAAAAAAACCUCGUAUACAAGAGAGCCACGAUGAACAUAAAAACAGAGAAGCUCAACCUUUCUUUAACUCAGCACAAUAUAAAAAUUUUGAUCAACAGUCGUAUGAUAAUUCAACAACUCAGUCUGUUCGUGCAUUUCAUCAUUCCUUACCGUUUUCAUAUCCUUCGAAACUUAACUGCAAUCAACCACAAUCUGGAAUAAUCCAACGGAGCCAAAGAUAUCACGAGGCCAGCGAGAUGUACAAUGUAAACUGGGGAAGUAACGAAAGAGGAAAUAAUGAAAAGAUAAAUAGAGGUGAAGCUGAGAUGCAAGAACGUCGCUCAUAUUUGAAUCAAUGCAAUACGUCAAAUGAUUGUGGUAACCAACCUCCAUAUGGUUAUUUUAUGGAAAAGAAAAGUUUAGGAUCUGUUGAUGAGCAUCAUGAACGAUGGAAAAAUAUGACUUCUCAUUUUCACAAAAAUCAUCCUCAUCAACAUGAACAGAAAGAUACCCAAAUACAUAAGGAUGGUUACGUUCAGGAAAAUACAGGUACUUUUCAUGUACAGAAUGAAUGGCGUCAUCAAUUACCUUGGCAACGACAUGAAAGGUAUUUCCACCAAAUCUCUACAAAUAGAGGAAAUACACGUCCUAAUUUAAAUAAUUCUCAUGGUUUUCCCCGCAAAUUUCUGGAUGCAGAAAGACCAUCCAUUUAUUCAUUUCAUUCACAGAAGAACUUUAGUGGCGGACCUUUUUAUCAAUAAAGGAUUCGAUCUUGCUUAUUAUUUUAACUAUUUACCAACUAAAACCUCCUUUUUUGGGUUUAUACCUUUACAGAUGAACUAAAUUUCUUAUUUAUAGGGUUAAGAAAAUCAAACAUUAAUCUAAUCCUGUUUCUGUGUCUUAAUCCUUGUUUCGGUUCCGACUUUCGGUUGGUUGUUCAGACGGUUCGAUAAUUUUGUUGAUAUAUACAUAUAUAUAUAUAUAUUUGUUUGGAUAUUUAUAGUCGUGUAAACAGCCAUUUGUUUUAUCCAUUACAUUUAUCGAUAUA